CUUUUUCCUUCUCUUUCUUCGACACAUUCCAAUACAGUUUAUUCCACCCGAUAUUAUCUUCUCAUCAUGGAUGCACAACUCAACCAGUUCUUCGCUCAAGUCGAUAAGGACCAGAAUAUCUACGUGGAACGUCUCCGUGAUGUUGUUGCUAUUCCUAGUGUGAGCUCCGAUGUUUCCCUGCGUCCACAAGUCUUCCGCAUGGGCGAGUGGGUCCAGAAGGAGUUGAAGCGCCUCAAUGUUGAGUAUGAAAUUCGUGACCCCGGCACUCAUAUCAUGGAUGGACAUACUCUUCAGCUUCCUCCCAUUGUUUUGGGUGCCUAUGGACGUGACCCCGCCAAGAAGACUAUCUUGGUUUAUGGACAUUACGACGUGCAGCCUGCCCUUAAAGAGGAUGGUUGGGCUACAGAGCCCUUCGAAUUGGUUGAGAAUGAGAAGGGCGAGCUUGUCGGACGUGGCUCCACCGAUGAUAAAGGUCCUAUUCUUGGCUGGCUGAACGCUAUUGAGGCUCAUCAGAAGCUGGGGCUUGAGCUUCCCGUCAAUCUCCGCAUGUGCUUUGAGGGAAUGGAAGAGAAUGGAUCAGAAGGCUUGGAUGAUGUGAUUAUUGCAGAGGCAAAGGGCUGGUUCAAGGAUGUUGAUGCUGUUUGCAUCUCUGACAACUACUGGCUUGGUGAUAGCAAGCCUUGCAUCACUUAUGGUCUCCGUGGAAUCUCUUACUACAAGGUUGCUAUUAAGGGACCUGGUCGUGAUCUUCACUCCGGUGUCUUCGGUGGUACUGUUCAUGAGCCCAUGACCGACUUGGCUCAUAUCUUUUCCAAGCUUGUCAGUCCUCAGGGCGAGAUCCUCAUCCCUGGUAUCAUGGACGACGUUGCUCCGCUAACUGAUGCCGAAGAGGCUUCCUACCCUCCUUUGGACUUCAAUUUGAGCACUCUUCACAAUGCCAUUGAUGCUCAGAACACCAUUCAUGAUAACCACAUUGAUGCCUUGAAAGGUCGUUGGCGCUACCCCUCUCUUUCGCUUCAUGGAAUCGAGGGAGCAUUUUCUGCUGCAGGAGCCAAAACUGUCAUUCCUGCCAAGGUUAUUGGAAAGUUCUCAAUUCGUUCUGUGCCCAACAUGGUCCCUGAGAAGAUUGAUGCCUGUGUCAUCAAGUACAUCAAGGAGGAAUUUGCUAAGCUCGGUUCUAAGAACUGUAUCGAAGUCGAGUGUCUUCAUGCUGGAAAGCCUUGGGUCGCCUCUUUUGAGCAUCCUAACUAUGUGGCUGCUGCGAAGGCUGUAGAGCGUGUAUACAAAGUUAAGCCUGACUUGACUCGUGAGGGUGGUUCCAUCCCCGUUACUUUGACCUUCCAGGAUGCUCUUAACAAGAACGUCCUCCUAUUGCCCAUGGGUCGAUCCUCUGAUGGAGCCCACUCAAUCAACGAGAAGCUGGAUCGCUCCAACUAUAUCGAGGGUACCAAGCUGCUCGGUGCCUACCUCUGGGAGCUCUCUGCAAUGCAGUUUUAAAUAAUAUAGUCGUAAAAAAAAUUGCAGCGCACACUUCCAUUACCCCUUUUUUUAGUGUAAUAAAAACGCCACCAAAUACCAAU